UGCGAGGCGCGGACGCCUCCAUCUCGCUGCGCGGGUUCAGCUGCAUGGCUUCCAAGACCCUAACCUCCGGGCUGUCCUCCUUCCAGCAAACAGGCCAGGGUCUACUGCAGGUCAUGCUGCAGCAGGGGAAGCAAUGGAAGUCGAUGUGCAAGGGGCUCGUCCUGGGGACUCUGCUCACCACCUGCAUGAUCCUGCUGUACUCAUACGCGGCACCUCCUCACCAGCUCAGCCUGCAGGAAAUUCCUGUACCUUAUUCCUGCUCUUAUAAACCUGCACAUGUCAGGAAUGUCCCCCGGAUGAAUGGCUCCCAUUUCACCUCCGAGUUGAGCAAAACCUGCACCCCGAAAGAAGAUAUCAUGUUCAUGAAGACCCACAAGACUGCUAGUAGCACUAUUCUCAACAUCCUCUUCCGCUUUGGGCAGAAACACCGCCUGAAAUUUGCUUUUCCCAAUGGCAGGAAUGAUUUUUAUUACCCAUCAUACUUUGAUAGGAGCCAGGUGAAGGAUUACAGGCCAGGCAUGUGUUUCAAUAUUGUCUGUAAUCAUAUGCGAUUUAACUUCGAAGAGGUCCACAAGCUACUCCCUGAAGACACUAUUUAUUUCACCAUUCUCAGGAACCCUGCACAUUUAUUUGAGUCGUCUUUUCAUUACUUUGGUAGCGUGAUCCCAUUUACCUGGAAAAUAAGCGGAGAGGACAAACUAGCUGAAUUCCUCAGGGAACCCAACCGAUAUUAUGAUCCAAGUGGUUUUAACUCCCAUUACUUGAAAAAUUUGCUAUUUUUUGACUUUGGCUAUGAUAAUAACUUGGAUAUCAAUGACCCCAAAGUAAAGAAGCAUAUUAAAACUAUUGAUGAAAGAUUCCAUCUGGUGAUGCUCCUCGAACAUUUUGAUGAAUCACUUAUUCUUUUGAAGGAUGUGAUGUGCUGGGACCUGGACGAUAUUUUAUAUUUCAAAUUAAAUGUACGAAAAGACUCCACUGUAUCAAGAAUGACUGGAGACUUAUAUGAGAAGGCAACAAACUGGAACAAAAUUGAUUCCAUGUUGUACCAAUACUUCAAUGCUACUUUCUGGAAAAAAGUGGAAACAUAUGGGUUUGAACGCAUGGAGCGUGAUGUGGAAGAAUUGCGCAGGCGCAAUGAUAACAUGCAGUCAAUCUGCAUUGAUGGUGGCCGCCCGGUGGAUGCAAAUGCCAUUCAGGAGGCAUCAUUAAAGCCAUGGCAACCACUUGGUGAACGCUCAAUCAUGGGCUACAACCUGAAAAAGAACAUUAGCAGAAAGCACAAGAAGCUCUGCAGGAAAAUGCUCACCCCUGAGCUACAAUAUCUGAGUGAAUUGGGAGUUAACCUGUGGAUAACAAAAUUAUGGUCCUAUAUCAGGGAUUUGUUAAAAUGGUAGUUGGCCAGCUUUGAAAUGUGAUGGGUUUCAUAUUCACAACCCUGUCAUUAUGGCAGCUACGG